AUGGAAGGCCAAUGGCGCUCAGAAAUUCCAGAAGACAUGCGCAAGACGAUGAUUACUGAAAUGUAUCAUGAGCUGGCCCGUAUAUCGGGUGAGGUGGAUAAGCAGAAAGUGUGGGGAUCGGCGGCCAAGUUUGAGCUGAUGCUGUGGUCAAGCAGCCCUGAUCGGAACUCGUACUUGAUGAAAAUGCAGAGGAAGAUCGUGAGUCUCAAGAAAAAACAGGGCGCUGGCGACGCCAAUUUGAUGGCCAACGCAAACAACGUGGUAACGUCCAAUUCCAUGAAUCCCGCAGUCAACGGAAUGGCUCAUGGACUCAAUAUGAACAUGAAUGCGACCAUGAACGCACAGUUCCAGCAGAACAACGCUGUCGCUAGUCAGGCCAUGAACAACUUUCAGCAGCAAGCUCAGGUACAACCACAAUCUCAAGUUCAGGCCCAUGCUCAAGCUCAGGUACAAGCACAAGCUCAGGCUCAGCAACAGAAUGCCGCAGCGUUAGCUGCGAGUAAUGGUGCAACUGUAGGUGCCUCGACCGGUUUCAAUGCAGCAGUCGCCGCUGGGUUGAACUCAAGUAAUGCCGGUCCGACGGCGGCGGCAAAUAUUCCUACUCCACCCCAGCAGCAGGCGCAGCAAUGGUUGCAACGCAUCCAAGUGCAGUUUCAAGCCCAACAGCGGCAGCUGAUGCAUACGCAAAACCAAGAGACACAGCAGCUCCGGCAACAGCACAUGAAUCAGCAACAGCAGCUCUCUCAGCAACAGCAACAGCAAGGUGUUGCUCCUGACAUGCGGCGCCAACAACUGCAGACAUUACAACAGCAGCAUCAACUUGCGCGCACUCGGCUGCAACACCUGCACAAGAGCAAGCAACAGCAGUUACAGAGGAAGCAACAGCAAUAUCUGAUGCAGAAGCAGCAUCAACUUCAGCAGCAGCAACAACAAGGUUCAGUUGCAGCAGCGACAGCAACGGCUUCUACAAAUGGUGUUUCCUCUACGGCUAUGAUGGCUCCUUCACAAGCUGGUGUGGCGCCUUCCUCGCUGUCUCUUCCUAAUGCGACGACGGUGCAGACCUCGGCUCCAACAGUCUCAACGACUCAAGCAGCAGCAACACUCCCCACUGCUCAGCGUGGAGUGAAGCCGGAGCAACUUGCGGAUGCACACACCCAACAGGCAGCAAUGCGAGACAUGCAGCGUGCCCAAAAUGCAGCUCAGAUACACGCCGACAAUGGAUUGACGCAUCAGUUGUUUAACGGCACUGCAGCGUCCACAGCAUCGUCAACGCCUACUGGUGCGGCUAAAGGAACGGUCACAGCUACGACCACAGCAACAACAACUGAUAGCAGCAACCAGACUUACGUGGAGAGGCUGAAGGAGACAAAACAGAAAUACUGGGACGAUUUGGUGAUCGUCUAUCGUGAGUUUGAGCGCAUGGUGAAACAAAAACCGGCGAACCAGCAGCAAGAGCGUAUCAACACCUUCCUCGUGAACUUGAAGCGUAUCAUAGCGCUGUUACAGCAGGAUCCGUUAAAAGUCACAAGCAACAACAAGAAUGACUUGGAUCGUGUCGAGGCACAUAUUCAAAAACAAGUUCUACCUAUUUUGGAACGACUAAAAAACAAAACACGUGCUGCUGCGGCAACGGCCGGCAACAAUGGUUUAGCGGCAGCUCAGCAAGAGCAGAUGAAGAAAACUCAGGAAGCACAGCGGCUAGCGCAGCUGCAGGAACAACAGAAAAAAAUGCAAGAACAACAAAAGGCGGAAGCUCAGCGUAAGCUUCUUGAGGAGCAGAAAAAGAAAUUGCAGCUUGAAGCAGCAGCAGCAGCAGCUGCCGUUAAGAAACAAGAGAUGCUGGAGCAACAACGCAAACAAAAACAGAAACAACUUCAGGCUCAGCACGCUCAACAACAAGCUAUUUUGCAGCAACAGCAACAACAGCGGCAGCGAUUGCUGGCCCAGCAAGCGCAAUUAAAGGCUCAAAACCAAUUGCGCAUGAACGCAGCAGCUCCGCAGCAGGCUAAAACCGCUGCCGGGACCGUAGAUGUGACUCCUUCUGCCAUAGCAAAUGCGGGGGGCGAUCUCACUACCACAAGUACAACAAAUGGGACUGAUGUUUCACCUACUAACGCUUCACUACCGACUCCGAUUGACGUACCAGUCUCAUUAUCGCCUGGAGAGACCAGUACUUCGAGCGGAAUGGCGCCAUUGACCCCUGCGCAGUACCGGACGUUCAAGCUCCCCGAGGCACGCAAGCAACAGCUGACGGCCCAGCACGCUAAGCUGCGCGAACAGCAGCAAGAGCUGAUCAUGCAGCAAAGUCGAGCCAAGACGCCGUCACAUCAGGCAAAACUCGCGCACCAGGCUCAACGCCUUGCGCAGAUGACGAACAAGAUAUCGCAGCAGUUGGUGCAAUGCAAGCUGGCUGAGGAAUACGAACAGUCCAAGAGUAUGGGCAUGGCCACGGCCGUAUCGCAGCCGACACUGGCGCAGUCCACAGCAACGCCAGCUUCGCUCGACAAGACUAUAACUAUAAAGCCUGAGAUUGCCGCUUCUGGAAACGGCCUCGCUACAUCAGCGUCUGAAGUGACAGCACCGGCCACCACUCUUGCUGUCAUUAAGGAUGAAACGGCGGCAGUCAGUGCUGUUGCCGCCACUGUUCCGGGGAUGACUGCGAAGAAAAACGAUGACUUUAAGUCAGUGUUACCCGACAUGACAGGACUGGGUGCUUCUGAAAAGCUAUUGACUGCGGUAGCUGCUUAUGAAAAACACAAACCGGAUGUUUUGAAGCGGGGUGCGUUGCGGUUCUCGCGCAUUGCCGUGACGAUCGGCGCCAAGCUCAAUACGUCUUACGUGACCUCUUAG